GUCAGUCAUUUGCACGUUUUUACGCAGUUUUCAUUGCGUUUACGUUCUGCGUCAGUAUGAAGCGAAAAAGUCAGGAAUACAAACUAGGUAGCAUGUCACAACACGGCAAUUAUAUCAGUGAUCCGAAACUUGUUCCGCGAAUAAAACAGUAUAUGAAAGUAAAUCGGGGUAAAAAGCACUUCAACAUUUCCGACAUUGCUGAAGAUUUACAAAAACAAUAUGGAGAAUAUGCCAGGAAGAAAAGAAGCACAUUUUUCAAGUCGGUUGAAAAAGCCUAUCAGUUGGUUUGCCAGCAACUAAAUGCUAAUGACCCUGAUUUGUUGAGUAAAGAAGAAGCAAAACAUCUUUCCAAGAAGACCAAGACUGCUGACACAAGCUCGGAUGACUCAGAUUCAGACAACAAAAGUUUUUCAUCUGAGAAUCCUGAUUAUGAAGUCUAUGAGGAAACUAACUCCAUGAACAACAUGAUGUUUGACCUCUACAAAAGCUCACCCACUGUCUCCAAGACAAGUCAGUCGGUUGAGUCGGAGAAAAAAGGACAGCUGAAGACCAUAAAAGAUUCAAGACUGAAUGAGCAAAUGGACACAAGUGUAAACUCAACAACAGCUGAAACAAUCAUUGAUCUAACCGAGGCAAAUGGUACAUCAGGCGUACCCAAAACACCAGUAGUGAAAAAGCCAUCAAGUGAUGUUUCUCAGUCUGGUCGGAAGAAAAACAAGAAACAAAAAGGUGAAGAAGAGAAGCAAACAGAAAAAAACGAAAAACAAAAAGGACCUGUGAUUCAGUCAUCAACAUUUACAUUUGAUGAUAUUGGUGGGAAUGAAGCUACUCUGAAGGAAGUGUGCAAGCUGCUGGUUCACAUGAAACAUCCUGAAGUAUACCAGAAACUCGGGAUCACUCCCCCGCGGGGGAUUCUCCUUCACGGUCCACCGGGAUGUGGCAAGACCCUCCUCGCUCAUGCGAUAGCUGGGGAAUUAUGCCUACCAUUUAUCAAACUUGCUUCAACAGAAAUUGUAUCGGGAGUGUCUGGUGAAUCUGAAGAAAAGAUACGAGAUCUAUUUGACAAAGCUGUGACUACAGCCCCAUGUAUUGUUUUUAUUGAUGAAAUUGAUGCCAUCACACCAAAGAGAGAAACGGCUUCUAAAGACAUGGAAAGAAGAAUUGUCGCUCAGCUUUUGUCUUGUAUGGAUGAUUUAAACAUGAAGAAUAGUGCAAAUGUAUUGGUGAUUGGAGCGACCAAUCGCCCGGACUCUCUCGACCCAGCACUGAGAAGAGCUGGCCGUUUUGAUCGAGAGAUAUCAAUGGGGAUUCCUGAUGAAUCAGCAAGACAAAGGAUCUUGCAGGUUCUAUGCAAGAGUUUGCGUCUUUGUGAAGGUUUUGAUUUUCAUCAGUUAGCUCGAAAUACACCAGGGUUCGUUGGUGCUGAUCUUAUGGCCUUAGCUAGGGAGGCAGCUAUGAUAGCAGUUAACAGGGUUUUUGAUACUAUACAGUCGGAAUUGGUCAAGAUGAAAGAUGAAAACACAGAUGCUUCUGUUGACGUGUGUGUGGAUUCUGUUAAAUCAAAAGAAGAAUGUAUAAGCCAGAACAGCAGAUCAAGUGAAUUACUGACAGUCUUGGACUGGUUGAAGGAGCAGCCCCCACUGACAGACAAACAGCUAGAAGACUUGUACAUUACUGGAGAAGAUUUUCAGCAAGCGAUAAGCUAUGUGCAGCCAUCAGCUAAGAGAGAGGGUUUUGCCACCAUUCCUGAUGUCACCUGGAAAGAUGUUGGAGCUCUCAAGUCUGUGAGGGAAGAACUUCAGCUGGCAAUUCUUGCACCAGUGCAGCAUCCAGCUGAAUUCAAGGCUCUGGGUCUGACCAGUCCACCAGGAAUACUGCUGGCUGGUCCACCGGGUUGUGGCAAGACGUUACUAGCCAAGGCUGUUGCUAACGAGUCUGGAAUUAACUUCAUAUCUGUCAAAGGUCCAGAACUACUUAACAUGUAUGUUGGAGAAAGUGAAAGGGCUGUGAGACAAGUGUUUCAAAGGGCACGUAACUCUUCACCAUGUGUCAUCUUCUUUGAUGAGUUGGAUGCACUUUGCCCCAAACGUUCUGGUUCAGGAGAGGGAGGAUCCAGCGUUCGGGUUGUUAACCAGAUGUUAACUGAAAUGGAUGGCUUGGAGUCUCGGAAACAGGUCUUUAUCAUGGCAGCAACAAACAGACCAGACAUCAUUGAUCCAGCCAUUCUGCGUCCUGGCCGACUUGAUAAGAUGUUGUAUGUUGGUCUUCCAUCCCAGACAGACAGACACGAUAUUCUAGUCACAAUCACCAAGAAUGGCACAAAGCCAAGCCUCUCUGCUGAUGUGAAUCUGGAAGAAAUAUCCAAAGAUUCCCGAUGUGACAGAUUAACAGGUGCCGAUCUGGCUGCCUUGGUACGUGAAGCGUCAGUGACAGCACUGAAGGACAUCAUAUCCCAGCCAGACAGAGUCCAGGUUCACAUAUCAGUAGCAAAGGUUCACUUUGAAGCUGCAUUUCAAAAGGUCAGGCCAUCGGUGUCUAAAAAGGAUGAAGAAAAAUAUGAACGAUUGAAAACACGACUUCAGCCAGAUACAAACAUUGUCUGAUAUUUGCAUCUUGUGUAUCAUUUGUUGUACAUUAAAGUAAUAUUAUU